CACGGCACGGAGCGAAACGCACAAAAAACGGGAAAAACUAACCCAAAACCGCGCACAACUGAAAAAUUAAAGAAAAAAACACAGGCUAAAAAAAAGAAAGAGCAGAAAAACAGUUGCUAUUUUUUUAUGUGUAUGUGCGUCGAAAAUGUCUUAGUGCAAAUGUGAAGCGAACGUUUUGAUUAAGCAAUUAAUUGAAAGCGCUUUGAGUAAUCAAAAAAAAAGAAGUGAAAAAAGAAAAGCAACAGCAAAAAUAGCGAAACAAAAACAAAAAACGGCAAGUGCAAGUGCAGUGUGGGUGGAAAUGGUUUAUUAGAAUUAUUAUUAUUAGUGCGGGGUGUGGGGCAGAGCGAGGCGGAGAAGGCGUGCAACGAGAGGGAGGCGUGAGGCGAAAAGCGCGUAAAGAAAAGACAUUAGUCAAUUUUAAGUUAAACCCAGAGUUGAAAUAAGUAAGAGGCUGAAGAGGAGAAUUUUUAAAUAUGGGUAACGUCUGCAGUUCGGGCCAGAAGAAGAAAAAGGACAAGGAUAGCUCCUCGGAAAAGUCAGAUGACUCCCCACCGUAUCAAGAGAGCAGUGCGGACAAGAAGGAUGCGCUGCUGGGCAACGAAACGCAAGAGACGAGCGAAAAGCGAGCUCCAUUGGCAGAUGUGGAGGCGUUGCCGGAGACGACGCAGUCACAAGAUACCAAUGGCAAUGCCCAAAAGCAGCAACAACAGCCACAACAGCAGUCCACACAGCCAAAGCCCAAUGCCACAGAAAAGGAUGCUAGCACACCACAGGCAGCACAGGCGCCCAGUGAUGUGGCUACGGCCAGUCCUGGGAUGGGCAAUCUGAGCAUGCUGCAGGGCAAACCGCCGCCCGGGGGUCGCAAGAUCGAACGGGACAAGAAGAUUGUGAUCUAUAUAUUGGCGGACAACAGCACCGAGUACAAGAAGCACAAGCGUGUCAUCUACAGUCUGUACAAACAUUUCAAAAGCAAGUGCCAAAACAAGGGAUUCGAUUUCAUCAUUGCCGAUGUCCAUGACAGCGACACAUGCUCCAAGGAGACAGCGGCGGGAACGGGGAGCACACAUCACGAUCAAGGCAAUGGCAAUCCCAAAAAAGAUUUCUCUCGGCUGCAGGAGGUAAAGCGCUGGACGCAAACACCACUGGAAGCUCAGGGAGGACACGAGGAGGCAGCCAAUUGUCUGUGUGAGAUUACACGCCAUGUGGCUGGUGCCUACAUUAUACCCAUUCUCUUUUUGGGCUCCACACUGGGCACCCCAAUGCUGCCGCUGACCAUCGAGAGUCAGGACUUUACCUCGGUGCUCAGUGCGGCAAGUGACGCUGAGAAAUUGCUGCUGGAGAAAUGGUAUACCAUUGACAAUUCGUAUCAGCCGAUGUGUCAUCGUCUGUACACCCAACAAAUCGAUCCGUAUUCGAGUCAGGUGAAUGGGGAAUUGAAUGAACUACUUGCGGUACUGUUGCGUCUGUUCUCCGACGAUGUGAAGGACUCGUAUCUGACCACAGUGGUGGAGCAGGAGAUUAACAACACAGUGCUGAUGAGCCAGGAGCUCGCUAAGCGUUGCAUUUGGAUACAGACGGGUGCUCAAUAUUCCCGUGCACCCGACAAUGCCAGCCAACUGGAGCUAGAGGUGUUGCGUCGCAUCACCCGCAUCUAUGCAGAGCUUAAGAAUCAGUUGUGCGAAAAGAAUCUCAUUCGGCUGCUGCCGACUAUGAAUAUACUGGACGAUGAGCUAUCGGCGGUGAUUGAGAGUUUAUUGGACAAAUCGUUGGCGGGCAUCUUUGAGGAGCAUCAUCAGAAGAGCAUUGCCCACAACACGCUGGGCGUGGAUCGUGUGCUGCUCGAGGAGCUCCAGCUCAUUGGACACUACUCCAAGCUACUCGCACAAAACUCGGCCAAUUUUGACAUUAUGAACGAUGUGAAACGUUACAUACGCGAUGCUACCGCACAGCCUUUGGUAGUGUCCGGAGCUCGUGGCAGCGGCAAGAGUGUGCUAGUGUCCAAGAUCAUGGAGAACGUGCAUCGCUGGAAGCCAGAAGCGCAGCUUGUACUCAGGUAUGCCAACCUGAGCGCUCGCUCCUCGGAUCUCACCUCACUGCUGGGGUCUAUUGCCAAUCAGAUGUCGGUGCUAGAGACCGGACAACAAUGCCAAGUGCCACAUGCACUUGCUGCUUAUGCCGGUGUCAUUCGUGAGAUACUGGGACGUCAACAGCGCUUCUUUGUGCUCAUCAUCGAUGGCGUGGAUGAGCUGCAGCGCGAUGCAGUGCUCGACUGGUUGCCGCUGCAGUUGGGCACUCAUGGCAAACUGAUACUGACCGUCAGCGAGGACGAGGAUGAGGAUGCUAGCGCUGCUACUGAUGACACGGACUCAUCCUUCGAUAUGCUCGCGGCGCUGGCGCAGCUGGGCAUCCAACAACGCUGCUUCCUGCGACUGCGUCAGUUCACCGAGCGCCAGUGGAACGACAUACUCAGCUCGGGUGGCGGCGAUUUCUAUGCAGCAAAUGGUGCACUAAAGUUGCCCGACGAUUGGAAGUCGCUCCACGGCAAGACGCCAUAUCAUGCCAAGUCAUUGUGGUGGCUCGCCUGGCUGGGACAUGUGGCGCAGCCGAUUAGCGAAAUCGGUGACAUCAGCAGCAAGAUAUUGCAAGUGCUCGAGAGCAAGUUUACGGCUGAUCAGGUGGAGCUGCUGCUGCUGAUAGUGCGCUUGUCGCCGUGGGGCAUAAGGGAGAGCGAUUGCUUGGGGGUAUUUCAGAAGAUCACACAACUGGAGGCGCAGGUCGCCUUUAAGAUCUGGUCCAAGUUCUGCUGGCUGAUGGGACCAAUGCUCUUAAGUCUGAAGAACAUUCGCAUAGCGGACCGUAGCUUUGGACGCGCCAUCCUGGCGAGAUAUGCGCAGAAACAAUGGCUGGUACAUGAAGCGCUGCGCGACUAUUUCGAUCGCCAGGACAGCGAGUUCAAAGGAGCAGCCGCCGGCUCAGCCACCACCUACAACUAUCAGAAGUACUUAAAACUGCCUUAUCAUCACUUCUGUGCGGUGAUCGAGGACAAGCCGGCGCCGCACAAAAUCGACAUACUGUUCAACUGCUUCUACUUUACGGAUCUGCAGUGGAUUGCCAACAAGGUGCAUGCCACGGGACCAGCUCAUCUCAUGCACGAUCUGCUCCAUGCCGAGUGGUUAGCGGGCCCCAAUUGUGUGGGCUAUGUGCAUAUCAAUUUCCUCAAGGAGUUCCUUGUGCGCUAUCUGCAUGAGUUGAGCUACGAUGGCCAGCAAUUCUAUACGCUGAUGAAAUACUAUCUAAAGACACGCUUCAAAGAGUCCUCAGAGCUAAAGGAUGACGAGAAGAUACGCUCGUGGUGGGAGUACACCAAUGAGCUGGAGUUUGCCUUUCUCGAGAUACUCAAUGCCGACAUAGAUGCCGAUCCCAAUGAGGAAACAACCGCAGAGGAUGGGGAAACUGCUGCUCCAGUAAAAGGAUAUGAUGUUUUGACGAAUCUGCCGCAGCCUGGUUGCUAUGUGGCUUCAAUGUCAACGGAGCGUGCCGAGAUUUGCAUUUGGGAUGUGAAGAACUGUUGUCGCAUUCGUCAACUGCAAAACAUACAGCAACCGACGGCAAUGUGUCCUGUGGGCAACUACGAGGCCGCUGUGCUCUGUCGUCGCGAGAUACGCGUCAUUAAUCUUGACGAGGGCAAGUUUAAGGUAACACUUAAAGGCGUCAUGAACCAGAAGAUGCCGUACUUUGGCCAGCAUGAUCAGCAUCACUUAGUCUGCCUCUCGCGCAAUCGCAUGUACGUGAAUCUCAUGAAUCUGGAGUCGGGCGAUUGUGUGACCACCUUUAAAGCAGGCGAAGAUCGUUUCCUCAAUUCGCUGCUAGUCUCCGGCGACGGACGCAUCCUCGUUUGUGGAGAUGAGACACAGAAGCCUUUCCCGUUGCUCGUCUGGCAUCUAUCACAGCGCAAGUUGCUCUACGAUCUGCGCAUACCACAUCAUGACUUUGUCACUUCGUUGUCGGCUAUCACACACGAGGGGUCUUAUGUCUGUGUGGUAGCCAAGGAGCUUAAUGAGCCAACGACACCCAAUUUCAUAGUUGUCUACGAUCUGCAGAGCGGCACUUUAUUCAAGAAAUGGAAGCCCAGCUGCAAUACGGUUGCCUUGGCCAUCUCUCAAUUGAAUGCAUGUGUUAUAGCUGGUCUCGAAGAUGCCAAAAUCUUGAUUUGGGAUCUGGUAACAGGCAAUUGCAAAUGUACAUUGGUUGGACAUAAUGCACCUGUAACCUUCCUUAAACUGGAUCCACUGGGCAAGGUGUUGCUGUCGUUCGACAAGGAGGGACGCGACAGCGCCAUACGCAUGUGGGAGCUCAGCACAGCUAAAUCGUUGGCCGUUUAUAAACCGCCGGCACAGAUCACCACCUCCGAGAUACUGCCGAAUGGCGCCUAUGUGGUGCUGGCUCUCAAGGAUCGCAAUGAUCUGCUGACGUUGGCCUUGAAGAAUUACGGAGACAGCAAUGCGGAUGCAUUGGAGGAUGACUGCGGCACAUUGUACGGCAAUCCCGAUAACCAGCACAAAGUCUUUCAACUUGAGUAAUUAAAUUGAAUCAAUUAACAUUAGCUAUCAUUAUUCAAAUUAAACACAUACGAUAUACCACAACAAAACAAAAAAAGAGAUUACAAAACAAACAAAAAAACUAAAUGAAAUGAAAUUAUAAUUCUGAAUUAUAUAAAAUAUCGCUAAAGAAA